GCAACUGGGGUAAGGGCAAACAACGGCCAACUUGACAUUUUUAUUACGUCAAAAAUCUUGUUUACAAAUCGUAAAAAUAUUUAUUUUCUUUAAAAGUUGAUCUAAAUAACUAAAACUAUGAAGAUAAAAAAGCAACAUAAGAAGAAGAAAUAUCUUCACAAACUUAACCGUAAAAGAAUGCAUCUGAAACAGAAAAGCACUGGAACAAUCAAAUGUAAGGCGCUUAAGGAAGCCUGGAAUCACAGUAAAUCCACAUCACGUAACUUGCGAGAUAUGGGUCUGGCAAAUGAUCCUAACAAAGUUAUAAAAAUACCCAGUUUUAAAGAAGAGCAAUUGAAAGUGGCCAAAAAAAUUGUUAAUCCAGAUGCGCCAGCAGAAGAAAAAGUAGUUGCUAUAAAAUCUCGUAAGAAGGUUGUUGCCAAAAAAUUAGAAGAAGAAGCUACUGCUCCAAGAGAAAGGAGAUUUAUGUUGCCAAAAGGACAAGUGGAAUUUAUUACUUACUUGCUAGAUAAAUAUGGUCAUGAUUAUAAAGCAAUGGUUAAAGAUAAAAAGAACUAUAACCAAUACACAUGGAAACAAUUGAGGGCCAAGGUGAAAACUUUUAUGGGUAUUCCAUUACAAUAUGGUGAAUAUUUAAAAUCCAGAGGACUGUUAGACAAAGAAGAAAAUGAAGAAGAGCUUAAGGAACAAGCAAAAGCCUUAAUUAUGGAUGAUAGUGAUUGAAUUAAGCUAUGUUUUAUAUUAGAAAUAAGGAGGGAUAAAAAACUUUUUCUUUUUUAUGACAGAAUGAUUUUUUUAUCUGUUGACUGAUAAGAAUAAAAACAUUGACAAUGUUCUGACAAUUGAACAUUUUUAACUCUGUGUCACAUAUGCCCUCUGAGUAUUUGUUUCGAAAGGGUGGAAACAGCUGCCUGUUAUUAAACAUCUCAAUCAGUCUACACAGUCACAUGUUUCAUGGGCGCUCUGUCAAUUUCGUUUUUUAGAAUAAAUUAACAACUGUUCUUUGUGAACCUAUAAUGUACAAUGUAUUCAAUAAAAAUGUUA